UUAUAUUUAGCUAUAUUAGCCCUAAUAUUUCUGAUUGCAUUUGGGUGGGCAAGACCCCUGCAAAUCCGUAUCAUUGCUUUCAUAGAAUAUUUGGAGGCAUGGUUGAGCCCACCUCGUCAGCUAUUUCCCCAGUUGAAGAUGCCUUCCGUGUAGACCUACCAUAAGGUUUUGUUCUUGCUGUUCCUUUAACUUUUCUUUCUUUCCCUCUGAUUUUUUUAUUGAUUGAUAAGAGCAUGAGUGCUGCCUCUUUUUCUUCAUUGCCUCUAUUAGAUUUCUUGCCCUCUAUCUCUAAAAAUUUUUGAACUUUAUGUUUCGGGAGAUGAACUUCUUCAGCCUCUGGAAGCAACCUUUUUUAGGAAGGUUCAGUUUCUGGCAAUGUAGUCAGGAUGACUGAACUCUUUGCCGACUCCACUAUAUUUUUUGAGAAUAAACCUUGUGUUUGGUUCGGUCGUUGGCUUUCUUGAUUAAGAAGAACUAGCUGGUAUUUGACUGAGGGUGUAUUGUUUGGAUCUCGACUUUUGCUGUAAAGGAUUGUGUGCAUUAAAAGUGGAAAGUUCAGUUGAAGUUAUAACUUUAGAGGAUAAUUCCUUCGGCCAUGUGCGGAGUGGAUUGGAUGAAAUUAAUGGCUGAAGAUUCUUCAUGCAGUUGUGUCCAGCGUGAUGGCCAAGUUUCUGGCUUCAAAACCGAGUAGGAGAUAUUCAGUGCUCUUAUUUCUGAGUUCCACACGUGAUGGCCAAUUCCAGGUACUUGCUUCGGUGUCCAACUAUGAGUGAACCUGCUGUUUGCUGGAGUAUCCAGGUUUUCAUGCUGAAAAGAGUAAUUGAGUUCAUCUCCUCCAUUGGAUCAACCAAUAUUUUCUUUCUUGAUGCACCACCUAUCACGGCUGAAUUGAUGGUCGGCGGGGAAGGCUUGAAAAUCAUCUGUUCUAGUUUCUCUCCAUGUUCAAUCCGGUAUGGUUCUUGUUCUGGAGAAAAGCAUAAGUCUUCCCAUGAAAGUACUUCAGUUGGGUUGAUCAGAUUUUCCAUAUCCAUUGCAGAAAUAUUAGAAGGAUGAAAUGAUGAGACGAGUGUAAGAUUGGGUUGAUGUAAGGAAGAAAAAAUUUUGUAGGAGGAUUGAACUCAUCUGGAUACAAAGAGUUGGCUAUCGUGGGAGUUUUUCCGCAGGUUACACAUAUUACAUGUCAAGUUCUAAUAUUUGAGAAGUUAUGACUUCUCAAAAGUGCUCUUUUAUUUUAGUUGUGACUUUUCAUAAAUACCUUUUCAUUUAUAUAAAUUGUGACUUUUCACGAGUAUCAUUUCAUUUUA